UCCUCACUUCAUCCUCUACAGACACCAUCUCUGUGUCUCUGGAACAACCAUGGCGACAGAGCAACGCCAGCCACUGCAAUCAAGCACCACCGAUAACAUCCCACCGACCACUAAAGUUGCCAGCAAAAGAGGUAGGACCAUCGAAGAAACUUUUCAGAAGAAGACUCAGCUCGAGCAUAUUCUUCUCCGGCCGGAUACUUACAUCGGAUCCAUUGAAAAGCAUGAACAAACACUUUGGGUAUGGGAAGGAGAUCAAAUGGUGAAAAGACCAAUAUCGUACGUCCCUGGUCUCUACAAGAUCUUUGAUGAGAUUCUUGUGAAUGCCGCUGACAACAAGCAGCGAGAUCCUAAAAUGGACUCUGUGAAGGUCACUAUUGAUGUCGACAAGAAUUUAAUCAGUGUGUAUAAUAAUGGAGAUGGAAUACCCGUAGAAAUUCACAAGGAGGAACAGAUCUAUGUUCCUGAGUUGAUUUUUGGGCAUUUGCUGACUAGUAGUAAUUACGAUGAUUCUAUUAAAAAAACUACUGGUGGGAGAAAUGGUUAUGGUGCGAAGCUUGCCAACAUCUUCUCCACCGAGUUUACAAUCGAGACUGCAGAUGGGAAGCGUAACAGAAGAUAUAAGCAGGUGUUCUCAAACAACAUGGGGAAUAAAUCUGAGCCAACCAUAACAAAGUGCAAGUCUGGUGAAAAUUGGACCAUGGUCUCAUUUAAGCCUGAUUUAUCCAAAUUUGGCAUGGAAUGCCUUGAAGAUGAUGUAGUCGCUUUGAUGAAGAAGCGGGUAGUUGAUUUAGCAGGCUGCCUUGGAAAGAGUGUGAAAGUUGAACUAGAUGGAAAACGUGUUCCUCCUAAAACAUUCGAAGACUAUGUGAAGCUUUAUCUCCCAUCAUCUGCCGACACCUUAAGGCUAUAUGAGAAAGUAAAUGAAAGAUGGGAGAUAUGUGUUAGUAUGGCUGAUGGACAUUUUGAACAGGUCAGCUUUGUGAACAAUAUUGCCACAAUCAAGGGAGGGACUCAUGUUGACUACAUAACCAAUCAGAUUGCCAAUCACUUGGUAGCUGUUGUAAAGAAACAGAACAAACAUGCUACUCUCAAAGCCCACAAUGUAAAGAAUUAUCUAUGGGUAUUUGUCAAUGCACUCAUUGACAAUCCUGCUUUUGAUUCACAAACAAAGGAGACUUUGACGAUUAAACAAAGUAGUUUUGGGUCAACAUGUGAACUCACACCGGACUUCUUAAAGAAAGUGGCCAAAUCUGAUGUGGUGAAAAGAGUCGUCUCUUGGGUACAGUUUAAACAGCAGAAUGACCUCAAGAAAACCGAUGGUAACAAGAGGGGAAAGCUCAACAUUCCUAAACUUGAAGAGGCUAAUUAUGCGGCUACAAGUAAUUCCGAUAACUGUACCUUGAUACUGACGGAAGGAGAUUCAGCCAAAGCUCUUGCAAUGUCUGGAUUAUCUGUCGUGGGCCAAGAUUUCUAUGGUGUGUUUCCAUUGAGGGGUAAACUGCUGAAUGUGAGGGAAGCAAGCCCUAAACAGUUACAGGAGAAUGCUGAAAUUCAGAACAUUAAGAAGAUUCUUGGGCUUCAGCAGGCUAAAGUUUACGAAAAUGUGAAGUCCUUGAGAUAUGGGCAUUUGAUGAUAAUGGCUGAUCAGGAUCAUGAUGGUUCACACAUCAAAGGGUUGUUGAUUAACUUCCUUCACACAUUUUGGCCGUCUUUACUAAAAGUUCCGAACUUUGUGCUUGAGUUCAUCACGCCAAUUGUUAAGGCUACUAACAAGAGGACUAAGAAUGUGUUAUCGUUCUAUACAAUGCCCGAGUAUGAGGGUUGGAAGGAAAAUCUGGGGCACAGGGCAAGAGAAUACAAAAUAAAGUACUAUAAGGGGCUGGGAACAAGUAAUGGUAAAGAAGGGGCGGAAUACUUUGCUGAUCUUGACAAGCAUAAGAAGGAUUUUGUUUGGGCUGAUGAUGAGGAUGGUGAGGCAAUAGAGCUGGCAUUUAGUAAGAAGAAAAUUGAGGCCAGGAAGACCUGGCUCCGGGCACUUCAGGCCGGUACUUAUUUUGAUUCGAAGGAGAAACAUAUCCCAUAUCGUGACUUCAUCAACAAGGAGCUUAUUCUAUUUUCAAUGGCUGAUCUUCAAAGAUCUAUACCAUCAAUGGUAGAUGGAUUGAAACCAGGGCAGAGAAAGAUUUUAUUCUGUGCCUUCAAGAAGCCCAUUUUCCAGGAAGUAAAAGUUGCUCAAUUUAGUGGCUAUGUAUCUGAGCAUUCUGCUUAUCAUCAUGGGGAGCAAAGUCUUGUAAGUACGAUCAUUGGCAUGGCUCAAAAUUAUGUGGGCAGCAAUAAUAUCAACCUUCUUUACCCAAGUGGGCAAUUUGGCACCCGUCAGAUGGGUGGCAAAGAUCAUGCAAGUGGCAGAUAUAUCUACACUAAGCUUUCUCCUAUCACUCGACAUCUUUUUCAAAAGUCAGAUGAACUUCUCCUAGACUACUUGAAUGAAGAUGGGCAAUCCAUUGAGCCUACCUGGUUCAUGCCUAUAAUUCCAAUGGCUCUGGUGAAUGGAAGUGAAGGGAUAGGCACUGGGUGGAGUACAUUUGUACCAAAUUACAAUCCAAGGGAUAUCAUCGCUAACCUCAAGCGCCUAUUGAACAAUGAACCAUUGGUGCCAAUGGAUCCAUGGUAUAAAUGGUUCAAGGGAACCAUUCUGAAAAUGACAUCAAAGGACACUGGAUAUACAACUACAGGAAUUGUAGAGGAAAAAGAGGAUGAACCAAAUAAGCUUAUUAUCUCUGAGCUGCCAAUAAGGAAAUGGACUCAAGAAUAUAAGGAAUUUUUGGAGGCAGCUUCAUUGUCAGGGAAGGACAAGGAACCAUUCAUUGAGGAAUAUAUGGCUCAUAAUGAUGAUACGACUGUAAAUUUUGAAGUUAUCAUGUCUGCAGAACAAAUGAACAAUGCAAGGCAGGAGGGGUUUCUGAAAAAGUUUAAGCUAACGAGCAAUUUAAACACAAGUAACAUGCAUCUUUUUGAUGCAAACGGUGUAAUAAAGAAGUAUGACACCCCUGAACAAAUCCUUGAGGAGUUCUUUCACCUUCGUCUCAAAUAUUAUGAGAAAAGAAAGGCAACUCUGCUUCACGAGCUUCGGAAGGCUUUAUUGCAGCUGGAAAACAAAGUCAGGUUUAUUCUUGAGGUUAUGGCAGGAACAAUCAUUCUGAACAACAGAGUGAUAGAAGACCUGUAUGCCGAGUUGAAAGAUAAAGGCUAUACGCCUUUACCAAAGGAAGCUGUGUUAGAAGCAUCGAUUGCAGGAGCGGUUGAUCAUGUUGAAGGAAGUGAGGAAACCGAUGAGGCUACAGAGGAGGAAACGUCUGAGGUGGUGAUUGAGGAAAAAUAUCAAGCUACUGCCAGCAAGACGAUUCCCGGAACAGAAUAUGAUUACUUGCUGUCUAUGGAACUUCGAACCCUUACCCUUAAGAAGAAAAAUCAGCUAUGUGCUGAAAGGGAUACGAAAAAAGCAAUAUUUGAUGAGCUCACAGGCACUCCUUCGAGGUCUCUAUGGUUGCGAGAUCUUGAUGCUCUUGAGAAACAACUUGAUGAACAAGACAAGAGAGAUGCGAAAGAUGAAGCAGAGAGAAGGAGACAACAAGAAAAGGCAGCGAAGGCUGGUGGUGGUAGGAAUGUUAGGAAGCCUGCCAGAAAGGCAGUUACCAAGAAGGCAACCAUCACAGCGGCAGUUGCUGAACCCAUGGAAACUUCCGUUAGUUCUGCAAUGGAAACAGGCAAUGCUCCUGCUGUCGCAAAACCAAGAGGUCGAGCAGCAGGUUCAAAGAAACCUCCGGCCAAGAAUAAGGCGAAACCUACUUUGAUAGACGAAGAUGACGAUGAGGAAAUUCCUUCGCUGGCAGAUCGACUUGGGAAACAUAAUAUACAAUCUGAGCAGGAAGAUGAUGUGAUUGUUGAAUUGGAAGAUCAAUUAGCAAGACAUAAUAUUGAAUCCUCUCCUGAUCAAUCAGAAGUAGUUGUUCCAAACAAGAAAGGACCAACUAAAAGAGGUGCUGCAAAGAAGGCUACCAUCACUGAGAUUUCUGAUGAUGAAGAUGAAAUGGUGAUGGAAGAUGGUUCUGACUUUGAAGUCCUGAGUGAAGCACCGGUGGAGAAAAAGAAGCGUGGUGGAGGCCGAAAAGUGGUGGCAGCAACCAAACCUCCAACUGGAGCUACCAAGAAAAGAGGACCAGCUGCUAAGAAAUCCCAACAAACCGUUCCUGAUGGACAAAGACUGAUUACAGAAGCGUUAAAGCCAGCAGCAUCACCGGAAAAGAAGGUGAGGAAGAUGAGACCUUCACCGUUUAACAAGAAAAGCGGGUCUAUGUUGGGAAGGUUGAGUAGUAGUGAAGAGGAGAUGGUGGCAGAAACAAGCGGUGAAGUGGCGGCACCACCACCGAAUGCUAGACCCCAGAGGGUAAACAGAAGGAAGACAACAUAUGUGGUGAGUGAUUCUGAUGAGAGUGAGGAAGAUAAACCAUCUGAGGAUUCUGAAUUUGAUGAUGAUGACGAUGAAGAUGAAGAGUAAGGGAAUUCAAUACAUGCUUGUUCUGUUGGACAAUGUUGUUUGGUUAAUGUCAUUGGUAAGUACAAGUUUUUAGGUGAUGAUUUCGUAGAUCCAUUGCUUUUGGACUAGUCCAUGUUUGUUUUGAUUAGUAAUCAUAGCUAAUGAUUCUCUAAAUUAUUGGAUU